CCCUCUUCCCUCCCUCUUCCUCCCUUCCUUCCUUCCUCCGUCCGUCCGUCCGUCCGUUCUCCCGUCCGGAGGCGGUGGGGCCGCGCUGGGGGCCUGGACGGCGGCGGCGGCAGAGGAGAGUGAGGAGCAGGCCGUGCCCGGGUAAGUAUGUGUGCGUCGGUCAAGUACAACAUCCGGGGUCCUGCCCUCAUCCCAAGGAUGAAGACCAAGCAUCGCAUCUACUACAUCGCGCUCUUCUCCAUCGUCCUGCUGGGGCUCAUCGCCACCGGCACGUUUCAGUUCUGGCCCCACUCCAUCGAGUCCUCCAGCGAGUGGACCGUGGAGAAACGCAGCGUCCAUGACGUGCCGUUGGUCAGGCUGCCGGCAGACAGUCCCAUCCCGGAGCGGGGGGACCUCAGCUGCAGGAUGCACACCUGUUUUGAUGUCUACCGUUGUGGGUUCAACCCCAAGAACAAGAUCAAGGUAUACAUCUACUCCCUGAAGAAGUACGUGGAUGAAUUUGGCAUCCCAGUCAGCGAUACCAUCUCCCGGGAGUACAACGAACUGCUGACGGCCAUCUCGGACAGCGAAUUCUACACCGACGACAUAAACCGGGCCUGCCUCUUCGUGCCGUCCAUCGAUAUGCUUAACCAGAACACUCUGCGCAUUAAAGAGACCGCCCAGGCACUAGCCCAGCUUCCCAGGUGGGAUCGGGGCACUAACCAGCUACUGUUCAACAUGCUGCCUGGUGGACCCCCAGACUACAAUACAGCCCUGGAUGUCCCCAGAGACAGGGCUCUGCUGGCUGGUGGUGGCUUCUCCACGUGGACAUAUAGGCAAGGCUACGAUGUCAGCAUUCCUGUAUAUAGUGCAAUUUCAGCUGAGGUCGAUUUACCAGAGAGAGGACCCAGCCCCCGGAGAUAUUUUAUCCUGUUAUCCCAGAUGGGUCUCCACCCUGAGUACCGCUCCGACUUAGAGGCUCUCCAAGCUAAGUAUGGGGAGAUGGUGCUGAUCCUGGACAAAUGCACCAACCUGUCAGAUGGAGUCGUGUCCUUCCGUAAGCGCUGCCACAAGAACCAGGUCUUUGAUUACCCCCAGGUCCUGCAGGAAGCCACAUUCUGCGUGGUGCUGCGAGGGGCUCGGUUGGGCCAGUCGGUGCUGAGCGACGUGCUGCAGGCGGGCUGCGUCCCGGUCAUCCUGGCGGACUCCUACAUCCUGCCCUUCUCUGAAGUUUUGGACUGGAAGAGAGCAUCUGUGGUUAUUCCAGAAGAAAAAAUGCCAGAGAUGUACAGCAUCUUGCAGAGCAUUCCCCAGAGACAAAUUGAGGAAAUGCAGAGACAGGCAAGAUGGUUCUGGAAAGCGUACUUCAGGUCCAUGAAAGCGAUUGCCCUGGCCACCCUCCAGAUUAUCAAUGACAGAAUAUACCCUUAUGCUGCCAUCUCCUAUGAAGAAUGGAACAAUCCUCCAGCUGUUAAAUGGAGCAGUGUGAGCAACCCCCUGUUCCUCCCACUAAUUCCUCCACAGUCCCAGGGCUUCACAGCAAUCGUCCUAACCUAUGACCGGGUGGAGAGCCUUUUUAGGGUCAUCACCGAGGUUUCAAAGGUGCCCAGCCUCUCCAAGCUGCUCGUCGUUUGGAACAACCAGAACAAAAACCCUCCAGAAGACUCUCUCUGGCCCAAGAUCCGGGUUCCCUUGAAAGUAGUGAGGACCACCGAAAACAAGCUGAGUAACCGUUUUUUCCCAUACAAUGAGAUUGAAACAGAGGCAGUCCUGGCGAUUGACGAUGAUAUCAUCAUGCUGACUUCGGAUGAGCUGCAGUUUGGCUAUGAGGUUUGGCGAGAGUUUCCUGACAGGCUGGUGGGUUACCCAGGCCGCCUGCAUCUCUGGGACCAUGAGAUGAGCAAGUGGAAGUAUGAGUCUGAGUGGACCAAUGAAGUUUCCAUGGUGCUCACUGGGGCAGCUUUUUAUCAUAAGUAUUUUAACUACCUGUACACCUACAAAAUGCCUGGAGACAUCAAGAACUGGGUGGAUGCCCAUAUGAACUGCGAAGAUAUUGCCAUGAAUUUUCUGGUGGCCAACGUCACAGGGAAAGCUGUCAUUAAGGUAACCCCACGCAAGAAAUUCAAGUGUCCUGAGUGCACGGCCAUAGACGGGCUCUCGCUGGACCAGACUCACAUGGUGGAAAGGUCCGAAUGCAUCAACAAGUUUGCCUCAGUCUUCGGGACCAUGCCUCUCAAAGUGGUAGAGCACCGAGCUGACCCUGUCCUGUACAAAGACGACUUCCCUGAGAAGCUGAAGAGCUUCCCCAACAUUGGCAGCUUGUGAGAAAACCCAACGCAGAGCAAGGGGAGGAUUAGAGCACAACAGAAACUCUCUCCGCCUGUGGGGGAGGUGGGUGUCAGGAUGAGUCUUUUAAAAAUCAGGUUGUGGAGCAUGGAACUUGUUUUACCUACCCUGGAAUGGAAAGGCGGACCUGAGAGGCUGUAGGCAUGUUUCCUACAAUGGGACACUCGCUGGCCCACGUCACCUGUCGUCCUUCAAUGGCUCGUCUUGAAAGUAUGAUAUGGCUUUGUCUGGCAAAGCCUAGGCCCCCUCGGCACUGGAUUUGCAAGACAUCUGGCCUGCUUCUCCCACCGUCCCUUGCCGGUACAUCCCAGCCCCCGUUCAAUACCAAGCCCCAUAUGGAAGGAAGCGUCACCAGAAUCGACCGUAGUUCUUCACCCUGCAGAUGGCCCAGGAAGUAGGCUGUUCAUGGAUUUUUAACUUAAGGGAAUCAUGCUUAGUGAUUCCCGAUCUCACUUUUAAUUUCUCCAGAUUGUAGUCUCAACAGCAUUUUCUCUUUAGAGAAGAAACAAUCCAAGAAUGGAGCUAGAGGCUUGAUCAGAUUAAACCAGUAGUAGCACGACUGAGUUCAUGGGGCAGAGGGAGGAAGGGGGGCUGCUGGGUUAUGGUCUCAAGAGUUGCUUGGACUACUGCUGUUGAUUUGGUUUUUAAUCUAAUUAAAUUUAUUUUUUACUGGUUUUCUGA